AUGGCGUUGGCUUUGCUAGCUUUGGCGGCCGUGCCGGCUGCGGCCUAUGAGUUCGUCGGUGGAGCGACUUCCGGAGCCGAGGUGGCGAGCGGGGGCAAGAUGACCAUGGGCGGCAAGGUGGGCGGAUACGCGUCGCUGCUCCAGGCCAGCAACCCUUCCUUAGGAGAGCUUUCCCUGGUCCUGGAGUGCUGCGGAGGCGCGACCUCCUUGGCCAGUGAAGCCGCGAACGACGUCAAUGUCAACACGUUCGGCUCGGGUGCUAAAAAGGGGCUUCUGGAGAAGUACACCGAAAAGAACACGUGCACCAAGGCAAGUGAAGAUGCCGUGGCCAACGACCAGUGCAAUUACGCUUACUCUUUCCACAACAAGGAUUGGAUGGAAGCGGCCUACUCUGCCUUCUGCGUGCCCAGCGACGUUUGCUCCGUUGACGUAGUGGGCAUGACCAAAGGCACUAAGAUCGGCUACAGCGUGGUGGAGCAAAUCCUGAACAACAAUGCUGGCGACCUCAUGUUCGCCGGCUACGGAAAGAUCGGCUCCUGCCUGGGCGGCAUGAAUGAUGUGAACCUUGGCGCGACUUCCAAGUUUGUCAAGGAGGUCCCGAAAUUCGUGGAGCUGGUUCCCGGAGUCAAGAUCCCCACCGGCAAGAAAACGCAGGGUUUUGUCUUCGAGGGCAUGAAGGAGCAGGGCGUGGUGGAGAUGCUUGGAACUUGUGAACCCACGUCCGAGAAUGGCAUGCUCUACGUUUACAAGAACAAGUUCUGGAACGAGGCAAAGGGCCUGGUGGACAUUGACAGUUAUUUGAAGAUCAAGGAUGAUGAAGCAAAGCAGGCGCUGAUCAAAGAGCAGACGGAGAAAGCCAAAGACAAGGCGGAGGAGUCAGCGAAGUCUGCGGCGAAGUCUGCAGUGAAGCCUGCCGCAGCGAAGCCUGCGGCGGCUGAUGCUGCGACCGAGCCUGCAACGGAGCCGGCUGAGGCCAAGGUGACUUUGGACCCCAUGGAAAAACUUGAAGAGAUCUCAGAGGCUGCGUCUAAGGCCAAGGACGCGGCCAAGGAUGCAGAGGAGGCGCAGGCAGACCCAGCGGCUGCUGCCGCAGAGGUGCUGGGAACUGCCCUUGACAAAGCUGAGGACUCCAAGGCAGCAGACGUGAAGGAGGCAGCUCAGCGGCCAAGGCGGCUGCGGACAAGCUUGCGGCAGACACUCAAGCUGCUGCAGACAAGCUGGCUGCGCAGACCAAGGCUGCCCAGGAGGCCGCUGCUGCAGCCGCCAAGGAGGUUGCUGACAAGUUGGCUGCACAGACCAAGGCAGCACAGGAGGCCGCGGAGGAGAGCGCAGAUGCUGUCAAGCAGGCCACAGAGGAGCAGGCAGCUGCAGUGAAGAAGGCAGCAGAGACGCAUGCAGCAGCCAUCCAGAAGGCUGCAGAGGACAGCUCGGCUGCCCUUCAGGAUGCCACCCAGGAUGUGGGCGAGCAGGCAACUGCCGUCUUGCAGGCCGCAACAGAUGCCGCCAAGGAUGCCACUGAGCAGGCCACUGCUGCAGAGAGCGUUGAUGCCCGCCGCCUGAGCGCCAUGCUGAUUUGAUCUCCUCAGGAGCCAAAUCAAGAACAUCCUUUUCUGGCUGUCAUUGGACGAAAUGUUGCCAUGGCAGCCACAUACUUGAUGGACUUGGGCUGUUGUCGGCAAAAGCAGCCACAUGCUUUGACAACAAAUGCUGUUGCCGGCG